UCAGAAUAAAGUGCAACAAGUUAUUUUCAAUGGUGAAAAGUUGAUCAAAUUUUCAUCAAUCGGUAUGGAUAUGAUGGAUAUUACUGGAAAGGAGAAAGUCCACAAGCACUUCCUUGAGGACGAAUCAGAAGAAGAUCAAGAUAAUAUUAUGGAAAGUAUGCAUUAUAGAGUUAGCAACCAACAGAACGAGGUUCCAUUCCGUGUUAUCUCGGAUUCUGAUGGAGUAAAUAAUUCACACACUAUCACAACCAAUGUCCAGGCUGUGCUAGCUAGUCCUCUGAACGGUCAGUUCUACGUGAUUGGUUCCCCCUCCGAUGUGCUCGGAGCUGUCGGUCAGAGACAGAUCGUCCCGAGAUCGUUCAACGAGCAGCCAGUCAGCUCAGCUAAAGAAGAAAGACAAGGAAACCGUCGAGCUACCCAUAACGAGGUAGAGAGGAGAAGAAGAGAUAAUAUAAAUAAUUGGAUUAUGAAACUUGGUAAACUUAUUCCACCAGAUUAUAUAGUAAUCUUAUAUCUGUAA